CAGCGCUAACCUUCCAUCGUUCUUUUUCGCCUUCCACCUCUGAAGUCCGAGGCCUUGCCUGUAAACUCUCGCACCUCCGCUACUCGUUCUCGUAACCUAGCUGUGAACGGCAAGCUCUUCUCCUUUUUCCAUUUUUUCUUACUCUUUUGACGUCCGUGGCUCUGUCUCGAGCACCGCCCCCCGAGAGGAUAAUCUUACUAGACUAAGCACACCAAAGUAAUAUCGCCGAGAGUCUCAUCGGUCAGGUGUCAUGGCCACCCCGCGGGUCUUUCUCGUCCGCCAUGGCGAGACAGAAUGGUCUCUCUCCGGCAAACAUACCGGCAGAACCGAUAUCCCCUUGACGGCCAACGGGGAGAGGCGAGUCAAAGCGACCGGUCAGGCGCUUGUCGGCAAUGAUCGACUCAUCGUGCCAAAUAAACUUGCACAUAUAUAUGUGUCGCCACGGAAGCGAGCGCAACGUACUUUCGAGCUGCUGAACCUUGGCACUACAGGCCCAUUGCCGUGGAAAGUCCAUGGCGAGAAGUUAGCCGAUGCGGGCCGCACUUGCAACGCGCGCGUUGAGGUUACCGAGGAUAUCCGCGAGUGGGACUACGGCGACUACGAGGGUAUUACGAGUCCCGAAAUCCGGGAGAUCCGCACCAAGCAAGGUUUGGCUCUGAGGUGGGACAUCUGGAGAGACGGAUGUAUCGGUGGAGAGAGCCCCGAAGAUAUCACGGAGCGCGUAGACCGCCUCAUCAAGCAGAUCCGGGAGACGUGGCACUUGCCCGUCAUCGGAAAGCCGAAGUCGGAAGAGCUGCCGCCCGGAGACGUCUUGAUCGUAGCGCACGGCCACAUACUCCGCGCCUUUGCGUUGAGGUGGGUCGGAAAGAUGCUCCAAGAGGGCCCGGCCUUCCUGCUGGAAGCUGGUGGUGUUGGAACGUUAAGCUAUGAGCACUACAACAUCGACGAGCCUGCUAUAUUGCUAGGUGGUGCUUUCGUAGUAGGGCCAUGAAGGAGGUAAGAGGGAGGCAAAGGGGGUCUAUAGAGCCUACAUAGAGACGGUUUGCCUGGCGCCAGGAUAU